GCAGCGGCUGUCGCGGGGCCAGAACGCGACAAUCGGUCGUCCCAAUAUACAUCGCAGUUUACGGCUACCUUUGCUUGAACUUACCCGUUAACCUCCUCGCUUACUACUGUGACACUAAAGUUGCGUCAUAGGUAGCGCAGCGACAACUUGUUCUGCUUCUACUACGACCAGUGUACGGUCUGCGUAAGACAUACAGCUCCCGAGAAAUAUGUAUAUAUAGAAGCAAUUGUGAAAUUCUUGAGUGUCUUGAAGUUGCAAUUGCCGCUGUUAGCAUGGAUCGGGUUAAGGUAGGAGUUCUAGUAGGCCUGCUAUUCUUCUUGUCCUGCGUGACCAGCUCAUCCAACGCUAAGAAAAGCUCAGGUCGCGCCAAGUUGGUGAUACCCAUACCCAUGGAAAUCAGCAAAACCACCUACACUGAAGAAUGCAGGCACGACAGAUGCAUGCAAGACUGCUACGACAAAGCAAAAGAUGCAUAUGACGUUAGAGGAAACUGCUACAAUUUGACAUGUGUAUGUCAGUACACACCACCGUGCACUCUGAAGACGUGCUACCGUUUGUGCAAGAGACAACAAGCAGGCAAGGACAGGCUCGGCCUCCAGGCAAUAUGCGUUCGAUCAGACUGCAACUGCGACUGGGGUGACAAAUGCGAGAGAUGGGAAUGCCACAAAUCCUGCAUAAAGCAAUUGAGGUGGAACGUAUAUUCUACUUUUAGUGUCCAAUCGAGAUGCGUCAACGAGGUGUGCAUCUGCAACACUUCACCCAAGAGGGUCCGCGGCCGUUAACGUUGUGAUCGAGUAAGAGCACUAAGUAUCGCUCAUUUCCCGGUGGAACAAAUAAACUGCCUAUGAGGCAC